GGACGUCACUCCACAUGGACACAGUUCAGUCCUGAGAGUUUAGCAGAGAACAAGUACUGAGUAUAGUAAUACUACAUGUGUUCAUACUACAGGAUAGUAAUACUUAUGUGUGGAUACUACUGUGUGCACUGAGUGUAGUAUUACUUGCGUGAGUACUGCAACCUCCUCCUCCUCCUGCAGAUGGACUCAUCAACACCCCCUGGACUCUCUCUGGUCACCUUCCUGUCUCUGUUAGCAUGUAGCAUCCAGGUGCUAACUGCCAUCCUGCUAACACACAGGUAUGGUGGGCGGAGCUCUGUGACGGACAAGUGGAUCCUGUUGUGGCUCUUCUAUGACGUCAUUGUCCACCUGACGCUGGAGGGUCCAUUUGUUUACAUGUCUCUGGUUGGGACGGUGCAGUCGUCUGAAAGUCCUUUGGCCGAACUAUGGAGGGAGUACAGUAAAGCUGACAGUCGUUGGUUAGUUUUUGAUCCAACAAUCGUUUCCAUCGAGAUUCUGACGGUCGUCCUGGACUCUAUACUCGGAGUACUACUCAUCUAUGCAAUACUGAACGACCAGUACUACAGACACUUCCUGCAGAUCACUCUGUGUGUGUGCGAGCUGUACGGCGGCUGGAUGACCUUCUGUCCUGAUUGGCUGAUGGGCAGUCCUCACCUGGACACGUCCAGCUGGCUCCACCUGUGGGUCUACCUGGUCUUCUUUAACGGUCUCUGGGUCCUGGUCCCCGUCCUGCUGCUGACCCAGUCCUGGUUUUCUCUGAGGAGUCUGCACGCCGUCGACCACGCACACAAGAGGAAGUGACAAGUGAUUUAAAAAUGGGUUGACGUCAAAACCUGAUGAUUGAUCAGUGACUUACUUUUAGAUUAAGUUGUCUAAUGUUCAUCUUUUAUUGAUUAUUUUUUUUCAAAAUAAAACAACAGAGUGACA